CUAAUAUUGUCCUCAAGCUGGAUGAACAUCUAGAGACCAGACCUUACGCAAAUGACUAUAAAUUGAAAUUCUGCAGGUACAUACUGGUAGUCUCUGCACUCGUUCAAUAUCUAGAACAGAAAGUACAAUCAGCUGUUACGUCGACUACCGCUUCACUUUGGAAAAGAACAGUGAUUGUUACUGUUACUUCUAUUAAAAACAAAAAAAAACAUUCUAUCGUGCAUUUUAUAUCUCGUACAUUUUUAUAUCAGUGUUAAUCUACUGUCACAAGUUGACAUGUUCCGAUGAAAUCUAAAUCCUUGUAAUAUUUACUGUAGUCGAUUUUUAUUAUUUAUAUUAAGUCAAUAAUAUGACUUCGAAGUUUGAAAUCACGUUAGAGCAUUUUUAUAUUUUCAAUGGCACAUACGCAAAAAAAGAAGGGGAAGAGCAAAAUAAAAUAUUAUAUUACUAUCCUGAGAAAGAUGUGGAAGUUCAAAUCAAGAACAUAGGACUUAGUGAAGCAAUAAUAAAAUUUACAGAAUCUUUUAACCCUGGACAACCUUGUGAUUAUUGCCAUACACAUAAAACGCGUCAAAUAUAUUAUCAACCAGAACCUAACUUUUGGAUGGUAAUGAUUGUUGGUAUUCCAUAUAUCUAUAAAGAACGAGAUGGUAAUAAGUAUCAAAAUGAGGAAGUAUCUAGUAGCGUUUGCCAAGCUAUAUUAAAACAAACAUACAUGAUGUUCAGGUUAUUUAUGGGUUCCUUUGAAACUAUUAUUAAUGACCCUGAUUGUGGAUCUGUGAUGUUAUUGAAACUCAAACUGGAACAUUUUUAUUCACGAUACUUGCACUCAUUAAAAUUAAGUAAUAGUGAUAUAUUAGAUGUUUUUCAAGGUUUACAAUUUUUACCUCUUGAUAAGAUCACGUUUCUUAGAGUGCAGUGUUUUAUGAAUCUUGUAGAAGCUAUGUUUACACAAGUAAAAUACACAGCGUUUCUUUAUAAUGAUCAAGUUGUUUGGAGUGGAUUAGAACCUGAAGAUAUGCAAGUGAUAUAUAAUUAUUUGGUAAAUACUAUUUUACCAGCUCAUUUGGAAAAGGAAUUGCAUGGAGGUUCAAUGCCCAGGAAUUCCCCUUCACCAUUUACAACUUCACACUAUGGAAAAUUUGUCACUGGACCUGCGAGUGUCAACGAACCGAGUCUAAUUGGCAAAUCACCCAAAGUUUUCAUCAAUUAUUCCACCAAACCUAUAUCGUUAUAUUUAGUGGUAUAUCGAGCACUGAGUGCUACUAUAUGUCUUUUCGUUGAUAGGAAAACUAGUUUAUUAAUAGACUUUUUUAAAAGCUUAGACAGCUUUUUGGGCCCGCAAUUAACCACAUUAGUCAGUUCGGUAGCCGAGCAAUGUGCUAAACACGUAGUCGUUAUGCCGGAAUCUUGUAGCACCAAGUACCUGUAUUUCAACAAACUAAAUUUAGCGUAUAAAAGUACAAUACAUCUAGAUAACCGACGUUGCUCUAAUGUACUUACGACACCAGAAGUGCUGAGGAUUAUCACCGACAUAUACAAUGAUACAAACAGAUUAAAGGAGGCUGGUGAAAUAAUUAUAAAAACUAUGAGUGAUUAUUGGAUUAUUGCAAAAUUGUCCAAUUUGAGAGAAUUUUUCGUUGUUAUACAACAGAAAAGUGCAAGUAUCAUAGAAAUCGAUGACGAAGUGAAAAGGCUCUGUGAAAAACAAUUGAAAAGUAUCUUUUUCCAUUGACGAGUGUAUUAGCGAAGUAUGAAACAUCGAAUUGUUAUUUUUAUGAUAAAUGUUUUUUUCUUACGAUUUAACAGAAUUUUGUUCCAUCCCGCCGAUUAUUAACGAGCAAUAUACAUUCUGUGACAUAAUAGGUAUACUUGAAUGAAUCCUAGUUGUAUAUGCUUCAAUCAUAAUAUUGGAUUGGUCAGAUCUAAUUUAAUUUCAUCUGAUUCAUGUCUGAUUAAAAUAAGCAUAUAAUUGGAACAAGUUCUUAUAAUUACAGAAAGUUAUACAAUUUAUACAUAUGUGAUAUAAAAAAAUAUGAAUGCUCUAGAGGGAUACAUUUUAAGAAUAUUAUAUACUAUGUGUAGAAAUACUUUUAGGCAUUUGCUGCCUAAAAUCUGACGUAGUAUUGUAUGAGCGACCUGUAAAUAAGACAAUUAUUUUAUGGAAUAGUUGUCUCAAGGGAUGACAAUAUAUCAUAAGUCAUUUUAUUGUAAGACAAAACUAUAAAAGUCUAUUAAAAAUUUUAAUCAGA